AUGUUGAGGCUUGAGGUAUCAAAUGAGAGUAAGGAAGGGUAUCUUGUGCCACGAGCCAGGAGCCCGAAGAGCAGGGACAAGAACGAGGAUGACAAAGAUGACAAGCAACCUACCAAGCGCCCACGACAGGAACUUGGCAAGAAUCCCUCGGCGGCCGUUUCGAAAUGGAAUGAUGGCCAUUAUCAAGUCAGCAUGCUCACCGCUGUGACCAAAUAUGGCUACCAUGGUACGCUCCUCGUUGGCAAUGGAGGUCCCGAAUGCAAGGCUAUACAGAUAGACCUGGCACAACUCACCCGAGAGAGUGAUCCUACAGGCCACUUGAUCCAAUCCCUCAAGGCCAUCAAAGCCACCAAUUCAAACAGAGAGAUCAAUCUCUGCAAGUUCGAACUAAACGACCUAAGAGAUGAGACGGCAGGGCAGGUGGCAAGACUUACAGAUCGGGUGGCUCCGCACGAAACUGCGGUAAGUGCAAGCGAACCACCGAAGCUGGAGAGCACUCAACAGGGCUUAUCAUACUUUGUCCCUCAUGAUUCUGAAACCCUUGAGCAAGAGUCUCCCAGUUCUUCGGGCAAGGCUUUGCAAGAUACCGAAGCCAACCUAGAGGAUUCCUCCGAUGAGGACAACUCUUCGUCAACCGCGAGGAUUCGAAUGCUGCCUCUGGCCUGUUGGGUGCGGCCAGGGCAGUCAAUGAGGAUGUAUGUCUCUCCUGAUUUGUUGUCCCAAAUUUUCCCUCGUCCGACGGAGCAAGACGCCGGCCCUUCGGACACAGAUUCUUGA